AAAAGGAACAAGAAGAAGGUACUUUUGUCGGCCGGCGCAAAAACCAGAUCUCUUCUCCCUAAGUAAAGCCUUCUCUAGAUCAGUUUAUCAAGCAAGAACCUUGUUCUGUUUCUAACAACCAGAAGAGAAAAAAGGUUUCAAUUUUUGUUGAAGAAGAUGACGGAGUAUGAGAAUGGGAAGAAGAGGAAAGUACGAAACAAACAACAAGUAAAAGUACAGUUCUUGUCUCAAAGGUAUCUAAUCUUAUGCCUUUGUUGUUUCUUCGUCUUGCUCUUCUUCUUAUCUUCCGACCGAAUCUCUACACUCUCUGUUCGUUCUGAUUCUCUGAGACCGUCUCUUCGUGUUCCUGCUCUCUCCGUUUUAUCAUCAUCCAUGGAUUCGUUUCACGGUGGUAGAUUCCUUGCGUUGAGUGUUGAAGACAGAGUUCAAUUCCCCGACCAUUUAUUGCUGAUUCUUUCGCACGGAAUCGGGAGAGGUGAAAAAAACCUAGUUUGUGUUUAUCGUGGUGUAAAGGAAGAGACUUUGGUGUUGCCCUCGAUUUCUAGUGAUGAAUUCGAUGAGUUUAGAUCGAUUGUUCGAUGCCCUAAUGCUCCUUUGAACUAUUCUUCAUCUGUUGAGUUGCAAUUUCGUGGAGAGUUGGUGAAGAAGAUGAAGAAGGAGAAGCAGAGUCGUCGUCGUGUUCAUAAUUGGGAAAAAGUUGGUUACGAGGCGGUGAUUGAUGGAGACACGGUGGUUGUGUUUGUUAAAGGAUUGACUCGAAGACCUCAUAAGGAAUCAGAUCCUUCUUACUAUAAAUGUCAAUUUGAGAUGGGGGAUUCAGAGGAGAAAGAGGUGACUCAAGCUAUUGCUGCAGCGCAAGAAGUUGUGAGGUGUGUUUUGCCUGAGAGUUUGAAGCUAAAUCCAGAGAUGAUGUUUCGAGUGAGUGUAAUUCACAUUGAUCCUAGAGGAAGAACUACGCCUGCUCUGCCUUCCGUUGCGAGAAUCUACGGUUCUGAUUCGAUUGAGAAGAAGAAGAGUGGGGUUAAGCAUGAGCUUUGUGUUUGUACAAUGUUAUGGAACCAAGCUCCGUUCUUGCGUGAAUGGAUCAUGUAUCACUCGUGGCUUGGUGUUGAACGCUGGUUUAUAUAUGAUAACAAUAGCGAUGAUGGUAUACAAGAGGAGAUUGAGUUGCUUAGUUCGGAGAAUUACAAUGUGAGUCGACAUGUUUGGCCUUGGAUCAAGACUCAAGAAGCCGGUUUUUCGCAUUGUGCGGUUAGAGCGAAAGAAGAAUGUAAUUGGGUUGGAUUCUUUGAUGUCGACGAGUUCUACUACUUCCCUACGUAUCGUUCUCAAGGCUUACCGAGCAAAAAUGCUUUGAAGUCGCUUGUGUCGAACUACACUUCUUGGGAUCUCGUUGGAGAGAUCAGAACGGACUGUCAUAGCUACGGUCCGUCUGGUCUAACCUCGGUUCCAUCUCAAGGCGUGACGGUUGGGUACACUUGUAGACAAGCGAAUCCCGAGAGACAUAAGUCGAUAGUCCGACCUGAAUUGCUCACAAGCUCAUUGCUCAACGAAGUUCAUCAUUUUCAGUUGAAAGAAGGAGUCGGGCAUAUGAGUUUGGUGGAGAGUGUUGCGGUAGUGAAUCACUACAAGUACCAAGUUUGGGACACUUUCAAAGCUAAGUUUUACAGAAGAGUGGCUACUUAUGUUGUGGACUGGCAAGAGAAUCAAAAUCAAGGGUCUAAAGAUCGAGCUCCAGGGCUCGGGACAGAGGCAAUCGAGCCGCCAGAUUGGAAACGACGGUUCUGUGAAGUGUGGGAUACUGGAUUGAAGGAUUUGGUUUUGUCGAAUUUCGCUGAUCAAGUGACUGCUGAAGACGACGUUCUUUGUCUCCAAGGUUUGAAAAACUCACUCAUCGAUCCUUCUUCUAGACUCAGUUCUUGGUCUUUCCCAAACUCUUCAGCUUCUUCGAUUUGUAAGCUCACUGGUGUUUCCUGCUGGAACGAGAAAGAGAAUCGGAUUAUUUCUCUUCAGCUUCAAUCGAUGCAGCUCGCCGGUGAGAUUCCUGAGUCUCUUAAGCUUUGUCGUAGUUUACAAUCUCUGGAUCUCUCUGGAAACGAUCUCUCUGGUUCGAUUCCUUCUCAAAUCUGUUCUUGGCUUCCUUAUCUCGUUACAUUAGAUCUAUCUGGGAAUAAGCUUGGUGGUUCGAUUCCUACUCAGAUCGUUGAGUGUAAGUUCUUAAACGCUUUGAUUUUGAGUGAUAAUAAGCUUUCUGGUUCGAUUCCUUCUCAGUUGAGUCGAUUAGAUCGGCUUCGUCGUCUUUCUCUUGCUGGUAAUGAUCUCUCCGGUACGAUUCCGUCUGAGCUGGCGCGGUUCGGAGGAGACGAUUUUAGCGGGAAUGACGGACUUUGCGGGAAGCCUUUAUCGAGAUGUGGUGCGUUGAAUGGGAGGAAUCUGAGUAUUAUUAUAGUUGCUGGAGUUAUUGGAGCUGUUGGAUCUUUGUGUGUUGGUUUAGUGAUAUUUUGGUGGUUCUUUAUUAGAGAAGGUAGUAGGAAGAAGAAAGGUUAUGGUGCUGGGAAAUCUAAGGAUGAUAGUGAUUGGAUUGGUUUGUUGAGGUCACAUAAGCUUGUUCAAGUGACUUUGUUUCAGAAACCUAUUGUGAAGAUUAAAUUGGGUGAUUUAAUGGCUGCUACAAACAAUUUUAGUUCUGGGAAUAUCGAUGUUUCGUCGAGGACUGGGGUUUCGUAUAAAGCGGAUUUACCUGAUGGGUCUGCGCUUGCGGUGAAGAGGCUUAGUGCUUGUGGUUUUGGUGAGAAACAGUUCAGGUCAGAGAUGAAUAGGUUAGGAGAGCUUAGACAUCCGAAUUUGGUGCCGCUUUUAGGUUAUUGUGUUGUGGAAGAUGAGAGACUGUUGGUGUAUAAGCAUAUGCCUAAUGGUACGUUGUUUUCUCAGUUGCACAAUGGUGGAUUGUGUGAUGCUGUUUUGGAUUGGCCGACUCGGCUUGCGAUUGGUGUGGGAGCUGCUAAAGGGUUAGCUUGGCUGCAUCAUGGAUGCCAACCGCCGUAUUUGCAUCAGUUCAUUAGUUCCAAUGUUAUACUUCUUGAUGAUGAUUUUGAUGCUCGGAUAACCGAUUACGGUUUGGCAAGGCUAGUUGGAUCUCGUGAUUCGAACGAUAGCUCGUUCAAUAAUGGGGAUUUGGGGGAGUUAGGUUAUGUGGCGCCUGAAUAUUCGAGCACCAUGGUUGCAUCUUUGAAAGGAGAUGUGUAUGGGUUUGGGAUUGUGCUUCUUGAAUUGGUUACAGGGCAAAAGCCUUUGUCUGUUAUUAACGGUGUGGAAGGGUUUAAAGGGAGUUUAGUUGACUGGGUGAGUCAGUAUUUGGGUACUGGUAGAAGCAAAGACGCUAUUGAUAGAAGCAUAUGUGAUAAAGGACACGAUGAGGAGAUAUUGCAGUUCUUGAAAAUCGCAUGUAGCUGUGUUGUGUCCAGGCCUAAAGAAAGGCCAACGAUGAUUCAGGUGUAUGAAUCUUUGAAGAACAUGGCAGAUAAGCACGGUGUUUCUGAGCAUUACGAUGAAUUUCCAUUGGUCUUCAACAAACAAGAACCUUGAGUAUCUUACCAAAAAGUAGUCUGUUUUUUGGCAGCUUAAGCGCUAAAAAGGUAUGAGAAAUCUACUUUGUAUCAAAAGCCUUUUUUAUCUUUAUAUCUCAUUCUUUGUUCCUACCCCACUGUUCUUAGUUUUUAACCAUGUCAGUGCUCGUGUUUGUCUUGUAUCCUCCUACCGUAUAAUUCUGUACAUUGUUUGGGUCAUCAAUGUACUCUUUGAAAUGUAACUCUUCUGAUCAAAUGAGAAGAUUUCUGUCUUAUUUCAUAAUUGUAUGUACAAAAGCCAGCAAGUUCUUCUUGCUCUCCUACUUUGCCAUUAGGUUUAAUUUCUUAGGUUGGAAACGGCUCUAUGCCUUGGAGUUGAAUCAUUGAAGUAUGUGUUUUUUGACUGUUGAUUUUAUCUUUGAAGUAAUGUCUUGGAUGGUCAAAAAGGGUCAAUGAAUAAUUUGUUGUGUUGUUGUGAUGAUAUCUUUUGGAUGAGAUGUGGGGUUUGCUUAUAAGAAGACAAGAGAGUUAAAAAGAAACGGUAUGUUUGAGGCAGAUCUAGAGAUGUCUGCGUCUCGCCUGGCCAUAGACACAUGAACUUCGACCCCACUUCUCAUCUUUGAAUAAUGCUUGCUAUCGUCUUGUCACCAUUUCCUUUGACAAUCUGUUUCUCUUUUCUUUGUUACAGUGACAAGCUGUGAAAGUCAAUGUAUUGAGUGAUUUAAAUCUGGCAAAGAUCAAAUCAACAUCAGUUUUAUCC